GCGGUCCUGCCGACCGAAGGAAGCAUUUCCCUCCCGGUAUCGAAUAAAUCUAAAGAUCAAUGAUCACCAUUGAUCUAAGAAAGACCCUUUAUUUCCUCAUGGUGCUCCACGCAAUUAGUGGAUUACAUCACAUGUGGAUUUCACGGUCAUGUUUAUAGACCAACGCCGGUUAACCAAGAAACAAGCGAUGCAAGCAGAGAGAAUGCUUACUGCUUGUUGCUGGUUGACCUGGUGAUAUAACGUUCUCGCUCCAAUGCCGGAGAAAUGUUUUUCUUUUAAUUUUUGUUUGUCGCCCGGCAGCGCUGACUGAACCCCAACAAGGUCUCAGUCACGCGGCCGAACUAAUGAAGCCAGAGUGGACGACGCCCGUUUUGGCUUUUCUCUUUUCUCUUAUUUCUUUUCAGAUCGGGAGAAUGAGUUCUUGCGACGGCAAGUUAAAAGACCCGCGAUUGACGCCGGGGAGGUGUUGUAUUGUUGUGUGGAUCGUCGGCUGCCCGGUUCGUCUGUUCGCGGUGACGGUUGUUGUGGGUUCGUUGGAGAAGUCCGGGUGUCCGUUUGUCGUCGGUGUCCACGACGUUAGUGUGCCGUGUGGGUGCGAGAAAGUGUUAGAAAGUAAGUCUAGAAGAAGAAUAAACAGUAAGAAGUAAUAAUCGUAGAGUUAGUUUUUCCGAAAAAGGAAGAAUAGAAAGAAAGCCAGUGCAGUGCCGUGACCACUUCGCGUCUACAUUCUGGUGACAGCGCAAAAGCGCUAAACAAGUGCAGGCACGCCGUUUGUGAUUGGAAAGUGAAAAAGAAUAAAAACCUAUUGAAGUAUCUAAGACCCAGCUGGUUACUACAGAAGAAAUCGUGUAAGUGUUGCGCAGAAAACUAUUAGGCGAAACAGUGUGAAUCAUUCAGUUGAGUAGAACUCUUGAACCGUGCACAGUUUGAGUGUGAUGCUGAUCUCGGAUUCCUUUUAACGAAAAUUGUUGUGUUACUCAUCGAGUCAAAACAGAGACGAAGUUGGACCCACUGGAUAAUACUGAGUCGCACAUUUGCAAACCGCUUGCAAAUCGAUCACUGCCAGAUCAUUUCCUACAAGAGGAACUACGUAUCUUCAUCGGAACCAGCAAUAUGAUGCCGAAUAAUGGGUAAGUCGAAUCAAUAUUUUUUUUUAUUUGAGUGAUUUUAAGUGCGUUUGUGUAUAUGAUUUUGGUUCUCUUAGCACAAAAUGAAAGUUACAACAUUCUAAUAGAAUGCUAUUACUGUAUCUUUUUUAUUUGAGUUUGAGAAAGGCAAGUAACAAAAAUUCCGCGUAAAUAAAUCCUUUUUUUUAUAAUUAUAUUUGUUGGCUUUUUUCACAUGAACUCUUGAUCAAAUUGAAGAUUAUGAACUAUGAAUAUUGCGCGCAAACCCCAAAAUUUUAUUCCCACCUUUGGGUUUCCGCGCCGAAGACCCAGCGCCAGAUUCGGCGACAAAGAGAGCUGACAGCAGUCGCCGGGCAGUUGGCAAUCCUGAUAUUUGACGGCGGUCGCUCGUUAGUCAUGCGAGUGGAUUGUUGUCACGCAAAUAGAGCUUUUCGCUGAAAAUGCAUGUGUAUUGAGGUCUUGUUGACAGUUUUUCUGCUGUGUUAGUGUGAAAUUCAGUGAUUUCCUGUAUCGCGUAAGCCUUCGCUGGAAGGAAACGUCAUGUUGCUCAGCGAAGCAAGGAAAAUUUUCAGUGAAAAAAGCAAUAUUGCAAUCUUUGGAAUGCUUGAACAUUUUAUGGCAGUUUCGUUUCUCAAGAUCAUGUUAGUAAAGCAUGUAGAAAAGAUAUUGCAAAAGUUAUAAGAAAAAUUUAAUUUUAAAGAAUCAUCUGAUUUAAUCAUGUUAUAGAGGAACGAAUCUAUCAAAACUCUAUCAACAAUUUAUUUCCCGGUUGGUUUCUCCUACUAUUUUAACUGAUUUGGAAUGAACAUGGGUGUGAUUAGAAACAAACAUAUGUUGCUGGAGAUGAGAGCAAAGAUCGUGUUACUGCGACAAACACGACCAAACCCUAUCGAUAAAACUUUAUUUUUCGCGCUUUUCGUUUAUUGCUUUUAUGGAUAGCCAUGUCAUGAUAUUAGGAGUGUUGAUGGCACGGCUUGAUUUAUGGAUGAUAUUAAUUGAUAUCUAUUGAUAUUAAUUGAAUAGUUUGCUGAAGGAAAAAUUAAACAUGAAGACACACGACGGGAAAAUAGUUCUGUUUUAUUCUACAAUUCUCUCGUCAUUGAUUAUGGAUUUUGCACUUGCGUGGAAUAAGUAACUAUCACAAAAUUAAUGACCACAGAUAACUCAUUUAUAGAAGUAGCACUCUCAAUAGCUUCCUCAAAAAAAAAAAAUGGCAUUUCCUAAGUAUUCCCAACGGGAUAGAUUCUUCCGAGAAUCGCGAGACAGGCUCGAGAGAGAGUCUGAGGAAGAGAGAGAGUAUAAGGAAGAGGAAUUAAGAGGCAUUCAUAGGCGACUACAACCGGGUCGGGUUGAUAAGCCACGAGGCAAUAACAACAACAACUACUACCGGAACACUAACAACACCAACAACAGCAAUUACAACCAUAACAACAACAAUUACAGCCGCAACAACAACAAUUACAACCGCAACAGCAACAACUACAACCAAAACGAUAACAAUUACAAUCACAGAAAGACGAACGAAGAGGAAAAUGGCCUUAGAAUGGAAGUAGAAAAAUACAAGAAGUUAUGGAAAGAUACGGAAGAGAAAAUGCUUUUGAUUGCAAACACUUACCAACGGGUAAUAAAAUCACUCUUAAAGCAAAAUAGCGAUGACAUUAGCAAUAAUAAGAUAUCAAUGGAGGCAGAAAAAUACAAGGAAUUAUGGGAGCAAUCAGAAGAAUCAAAAGCUCGAUUGGAAGAACUGUAUCAACGUGACAUAAAAGACCUUUAUGACGAUAGGCGGGAUGCUGCUAACGAUAUGGCUGCAAAAGAAAAGAAAUUUGUUAACAAGUUGAAAGCUUUGGAAGCUAAGCUGAGCAAUGAGAAAAUAUUGAAUGAAACAUUAAGCCAGGAAGUCACUAUGCUGAAGAUGCGAGAGGAAGAGCAUGCUUUAUCGGUUGCUGAGAACAAAACGGCAAUUAAUUCCGAAUUGGAAAGUAAAGAAAGUGAAGUACGCAAGUUGAAGGUACAACUCGAAAGCAAUAAGAAGAACUACGAGAAGAAGUUGGUCGAACUGAACUUCACCAUCCAGGAAAUGAAGAAGCGUUCUGUGGAAGAUUCUGAUAUUGCGAAGGAACUGGAGGAAGCGAAGAAGAAGAUGAACAAGGACAUCAAAGUACUGCAGCGGCAAAUCUUCGAACUGCAAGCCACCAACGAUCGGCUGGACAAGAGCAAAAAGAAUAUCCAAUCGGAGCUGGAGGAUGCCACCAUCGAGCUGGAGACGCAGCGUACUAAGGUGCUAGACUUGGAAAAGAAGCAGAAGAACUUCGACAAAGUUCUCGCCGAGGAGAAGGCCGUCAGCGAGCAGCAUGCCCAGGAACGGGAUGCCGCCGAGCAGGAAGCUCGCGAAAAGGAAACCAAGGUGUUGUCGUUGACGCGGGAGCUGGGCGAAGCGUACGAGAAGAUCGAGGACCUGGAAACGAAACGGAAAGCACUGCAGAACGAGUUGGAGUCGAAGUUUUUGGAAUUCGAGCAAAAGACUUUGGAUUCGGAAAAGGAGAACCAUAAUAUGAAAACGGUUAUCAUUAAUUUAGAGCAAGAGAAAAGUAACAUUUCUUCGAAGUUUGUGGAAUUCGAACGAAAGAUUUUGAAUCUAGAAAUGGAGAACCAUCGUAUGGAGACGAUUGUUAAUAAACUUGAGCAAGAGAAGAAUGACCUAUCUUCGAAGUUUAUGGAUUCCGAGCGAAAUAUUUUUUAUUUGGUAGAAGAAAACCAUCAUAUGAAAACUGUUAUCAUCAAGUUGGAGCAACAGAAGAGCGACCUUAGUAAACACUUGCCAGAAUCUAUUGAUAAAUCGGAAAAGCUACUCAGUGAAAAGAAUACGUUGUCAACUAAAGUUCAAGAACUAGAAGAAAAUUCAAAAUGUUUCAGUAGCUAUGAAAAAGUUACAAGUUUCAAAGCUCCAACUGAUCAUUUUUGCGUAAUUAAAGAGGAAACGCAGAACAAAUUGACUUCACCACUGAAACAAUUAAAGAAAGCCCAUGCGGAGAAAGCAGUGAGCGAAUACCGCAAUACUAAAACUCGGUUGAAAUUGCAACAGCUACAAGAAACUACCUAUGAUAACGAGAACUUUUUUCAAGAACCCCAAAGCCAAAUCAAACAACAAGAAAAUGUUCAUGCCAAAGAGGAAGCAACUAUUGCGAGUCUCGAAAAACGGAAAUACUUUGAACCACUGGGCAAUCUUUUAAACGAGAUAGAUUUACUACGAGGUUGUGUCUUUUCGGAAAACUAUGAGUGCCUAACGGAACUUCUGUGGGAUGACCACGGUUGACUUGAACCAAAAACAACAUUUAUCAACAAUAAAUAUUUAUUUAUUCUCGUUUACAACAAUUGUAAAUACCCAUACUGACAAAGGAGAGCUAAUUAUUCCUCAUGUUAAAAUAUUGUCGAUGAUAUUGACUAAUUUACACUCAUAAUCAAAUCAUUAAGGAUUAUGAAAAAUAUAUAUAGAAAUAGAUUAUACAACUUAGUUGAUCAAAUUUAAAUAAAAAUAGAGAGUGACUACAUGAUACCAAACACAUUACCUAUUACAGAAAGAGCGAUUGAUAUGAAUAAUAUCAGUGCAAAUAUAAGCGAAAAUCAUAUUCAUCUGUCACCGCUCAGGAUAAAGUGGUAAAUUAAAUGAAGCAUUGUACAUUAAUGAAAAAUGAGAGGAAUUUCAUACCCUCAAUAAAUACAAAAUGAAAAUUAAAAGUGAAAUGGAGAGGAAUUUCAUACCCUCUAUAAUAAUAAAAUGAAAAUUUAAUUGAAAUGAGAGGAAUUUCAUAACCUCUAUAAAAAUAAAUGAACAUUAAUCAAAAAUGAGAGGAAUAGAAUACCCUCAGUAAAUAUAAAAUGAAACAUUGAAAGGGAAGUAAGAGUGGAAUUACAAAAAAAAAAUAUUGAUAAACUAUGAGCCUACAGCUAAUUUAUAACAAUGAAUGCGUCCGUCAAACUCAGUUUUUGAAUGUACCGAAGGGCUGGAAAACCAGAGUAACUACUAUUCUGUAAGGGCCAUAGAUAUCAAACAACAAAGAGAAAUAAAGAAUUAAGGAGAGGAAAACACACCCUCCAGGAAUACAGAAAAUACAAGGAAAUAAUUGAAGAAAAAUAAUAAAGAAGAGGAAUACACACCCUUCAGUAACAUAAUAAACGGAAAAUUUGAACGAAAGGAGAGAUGAUUUAGGAGAGGAACACGUACCCUCCAAUGAUUUAAUAGUAUAGAAACUAAAACGAGAGCAAAAUUAAGCGUUUUUUAAAAACGAAUAUGAAAACUUAAGAGAAUUAAGAGAAGAUUUACAAAAGCCCUCUGAAAAUUUAAAUGAAAUUAUGAGAAAAUUUAAAACACAGAAAGGAGACAAAGCAAAUGUCUACAAAUUUUGAUGAAAGAGGAAAUCCAAAACCUCCACGAAAUAAUGAAAUAUUAAGAGAGAUUAGAGGAACCCAUAUCCUCUGUAAAAAUAAUAUGGAAUGAUAUUUACAAUGUGGUUUUAUACACAAGUUAAUCAAGAGAAAUGGAGUAUACUUACAGGCCCAACCUACAACCUCAAAAGGGAAAGGGGUGGAGCAAUGCCGGCAGCCAAGGACUUGCCACAACAAACGGAGAAGGACGAAAAAGUAAGGUACCUAGAGACUCGGUGAGUUCAUUUUAUUUUUAAGCUUUUGCGGAUAUGCAAGAGAGAUAAAUAGAUUAUUGCCUUGCAUCCCUGCAACAUUAUGAUGUAGUAUGUAAGUUUGUUGUUUUUAUUUUUUUUUUCUCCGGCAGCGUCUCGAAAAAUUUAUUUUUUUUAUUUCAUAUAGUGAAAUCCAGAUUUGAUGGAAUAUAAAAUGCAAAUUGUUUUUGGUUGACAGAAAUGAUCUUCUGAAGAUGUUUCAAUUGUGAUCAAUUGGUUUUUUUUCCCCUUUUUUCAAGUUUGUCACAUAAUUUGCCGAAGGCAUAAGGCUAAUGAAGUAGGCCAAUUCAUGGUGAAAUAUUUGAUUAAUAUUACAUUACACAUGUAUUAAGUUUAUUACAUUAUUAUUAAUAUUA